AUGAAUGUUGUUGUUGAUGAUGAUGAUGCUGAUUGUUUAACUGAUGGUUCAUGGAAUUUAUUAUUUCAAUCUUUCAAACAAACAAAAUGUCAAGCGAUGUCUCUUGAUACUGAAAUGCUUUUAAGAAUUUUGUCAACAUAUUUUAGGAGGAAUAGAUUAGAUAAAGUAUUUCCACAACAUCAUUGCAACAACAACAUGAACAUUUAG